UAGAGAGAGAAAAGACCGAAGAGAGAGAGAGAGCGCAGAGGUGCAGACUUUUAGAGCGAGAAACAAGGCGCGGACUGGCCGUCCAAAAAACACAUCCCUCACGCGAAAGCGAAACGAAAAUCGUCGCCAAGUUCGUCGUCGCAUUUUCUCCCGUCUUCUAGGGCUAGCUCGGUCGCUCCUCGAAUUUCUCUCUCAAAAAAAAAAAAGAGCAAAAAAAUAAUCGAAGCUAGAUCAUCCGAAUAAGAGGAAAAAUCGGAUUAAAAAACUGAUCAAAAUAUCCAGAUCUUGCUGCUUUCAAUCAAUUUAUUUAUUUCUGCUUUUCUUCACAUUUUAUGUGAAUUAUAUUGUUGGUAGAUAGGUAGACAGAGACAUAUAAUCGUCUGGUUUUUUUAUGUAUUGAGCUGAGAGAUCCUUCUAGAGCUCUGCCUAGAAGGGAUCGGAUCUGCCUGGGAUUGAACUAAUCGGCGGUCGGGUUGUUCGUCGGAUGAGAGACGGCGUUGAAUGUUCGGGAAAUCGGCCGGGAGAACGAUGAAAUGGGCAUCAUUGCUUAAAGACUUUAAGGAAAAGGUCGGCCUCGCUCAGCCUCCUUCCGCUGUCUCCUCACCUUCGGCUUCUGCUUCCUCGUCAUUUCACGAUAACUAUGCCUUGCCUACCAACCUCAAUCUCGACUUCAGCUUAUCUCCUUCGAGAGACAAACAUGAAUUGGAAUUGGACUUCAAGAGAUAUUGGGAAGAGUUCCGCUCUUCAAGUUUGGAAAAGGAAAAGGAAAAGGCCCUGAAUAUGACUGUCGAAAUUUUCUGUAGACUAGUAAAGCAACAUGCAAAUGUAGCUCAAAUAGUUACCAUGUUAGUUGAAACACACAUAUUUUCUUUUGUUGUUGGAAGAGCAUUUGUAACAGAUAUUGAGAAGUUGAAACUUAGCAGCAAAACAAGAUCUUUGGAAGUUGAGAGAGUCUUAGGUUUUUUCUCUGAAAUCACAAAGGAUGGGAUCAACCCUGGUGCAAAUUUAUUAUAUGCAGUGGAGGUCCUUGUCUCUGGGCCUAUUGAUAAACAAUCUCUUCUUGACUCCGGGAUUUUGUGCUGUCUCAUUCAUAUUCUCAAUUCUCUUCUUGGUCCCAAUGAGGGUCUCCUAAGGCAAUCUGUGGACAAUAAUACAGAACAAGGGCUAGCAGAGAACAACCAUGAUGAUGAUGCUGCAUCACGUCGUCGGCUUGAGGUAGAGGGUAGUGUUGUACAUAUCAUGAAGGCACUGUCCAGCCAUCCUUCAGCUGCACAAAGUUUGAUAGAGGACAACUCUCUUCAGUUACUCUUUCAAAUGGUUGCUAUGGGCUCUUUAAUUGCCUUUUCUCAAUAUAAGGAAGGCCUUUUGCGAUUACACACUAUUCAGCUCCACAGACAUGCGAUGCAGAUACUUGGUCUUCUCUUGGCCAAUGACAAUGGCAGCACUGCCAAGUACAUCCGCAAGUAUCAUUUGAUAAAGGUGCUUCUAAUGGCUGUGAAGGAUUUUAAUCCUGAUUGUGGGGAUUCAGCAUACACAAUGGGCAUAGUGGACUUGCUUCUAGAAUGUGUUGAAUUGUCAUAUAGACCAGAGGCUGGUGGUGUCAAGAUUAGGGAGGAUAUUCACAAUGCUCAUGGUUAUCAAUUCCUGGUUCAGUUUGCUUUAGUACUCUCUAAGGAUCAAAGUGGGCAGCCUUUGUAUUCAGAGUCUCUUCCAUGUAAAGAACCUGCUUCUGAUGAUCACCAUGGGGCUGAUAGUGCUGAGAGCAAUGAUUCAAUAAAAAAGGCUGCAGAAAGUUCAGAAAAAAAUCUCUCCCCUACACUCUGUAGGUUGCUUGAUGCUCUUGUUUGCCUUGCUCAAACUGGCCCUACUUUGAAAACAUCAAAAAGUGCUCAUGCUAAGCCCAGUGGGUCUGGCAGAAGUCUAACUUCAUCAUCCGAACGAAUAGGUGAUGAAAUAUGGGAGAAGGAUAAUGACAAAGUUAAAGACCUUGAAGCUGUUCAAAUGUUGCAGGACAUUUUUCUGAAAGCUGAUAGUAGAGAACUGCAAGCUGAAGUACUGAACAGGAUGUUUAAAAUAUUUUCGAGCCAUAUUGAGAAUUACAAUUUGUGUCAGCAGUUGCGGACUGUACCCCUAUUUAUCCUUAAUAUGGAUGGAUUUCCUUCAGCUUUGCAAGAGAUAAUUUUGAAAAUUCUUGAAUAUGCAGUGACAGUGGUGAAUUGCGUACCUGAACAAGAAUUGCUUGCACUUUGUUGUCUGCUGCAACAACCAAUAACAUCUGAAUUGAAACAUACUAUUUUAUCCUUCUUCGUAAAACUUCUGUCUUUUGAUCAACAGUACAAGAAAGUACUGAGAGAAGUUGGUGUACUGGAGGUUCUUUUAGAUGAUCUCAAGCAGCACCAGUUACUUUCUAGUCCACAGCAGCAUGAUGGUGAACCUAAUCAGUUGGAAAGAAAAUUAAGUCCAAGCAGCUUCAAGAAACACCUGGACAGCAAGAAUGCAAUCCUUUCUAAACCAAAAUUAUUGGAAUCUGGUUCAGGAAAAUUCCCUAUUUUUGAAGUAGAAGGCACAAUAGCAAUUGCAUGGGACUGUAUGGUCUCCUUACUAAAGAAAGCAGAACCAAAUCAAUCAGUGUUCCGAUCAUCUAAUGGUGUGACCACUGUACUUCCUUUUUUGGUAUCUGAAAUUCAUCGUCCAGGUGCCCUUCGAGCAUUGUCAUGCUUAAUUAUUGAAGAUGCUACGCAGUCUCAUCCAGAGGAGUUGGGAGCAGUGGUUGAUAUUUUAAAAAGUGGAAUUGUUACAAGUGCAUUGGGAUCUCAAUACAGAAUUCAAGAUGACGCAAAAUGUGACAUCUUUGGAGCUUUGUGGCGCAUUCUAGGGGUUAAUAAUUCAGCUCAGAGGGUCUUUGGUGAAUCAACUGGGUUCUCUCUUCUAUUAACCACACUCCAUAGUUUCCAAACUGAUGGAGAACUGGCAAACCAGUCUUCUUCAGCCAUUUACAUCAAGGUGUUUACAUAUUUAUUGCGUGUAAUGACAGCUGCAGUUUGUGACAAUGCUGUUAACAGGACAAAGUUGCAUGCUAUUAUAUCUUCUCACACAUUUUAUGAUCUUCUCUUGGAGUCUGGUUUAAUUUGUGUCGAUUGUGAAAGGCAAGUUAUACAGCUGCUAUUGGAACUUGCUCUUGAGAUGGUGCUUCCACCAUUUCUGAUGUCAGAAGAUUCCGCAUUGUCUCGCACUAAUGACAAUGAGUCAGCUUGUUUUCAUCUUAUUACAUCUUCUGGUUCUGUUGUUCCUGACAAUGAACGGGUGUACAAUGCUGGUGCUGUUAGAGUGCUUUUACGCAAUCUAUUGCGGUUUACUCCCAAGUUGCAAUUGGAGGUGUUAAGCCUCCUUGAUAAGCUUGCUCGUGCAAGUUCCUUCAACCGAGAAAACCUAACAUCUGUAGGGUGUGUGGAACUUCUACUUGAGAUGAUAUAUCCCUUCCUAUCUGGCUCAUCACCAUUGCUAUCUCAUGCUCUGAAAAUUGUAGAAGUCCUUGGGGCAUAUAGGUUAUCAACAUCUGAACUUCGAAUUCUUGUUAGAUACAUUCUUCAAAUGAGGCUUGCUACUUCUGGACGAUUUCUUGUAGAUAUGAUGGAACAAUUGAUUCUUAAGGAGGACAUUGCUUCAGAAGAUGUUUCACUGGCACCAUUUAUAGAGAUGGACAUGAGCAAGGUGGGGCAUGCUUCAAUUCAAGUGCCACUGGGGGAAAGAUCUUGGCCACCUGCUGCUGGCUAUUCUUUUAUAUGUUGGUUUCAGUUUCGGAAGUUUUUCAAAUCACAGGCAAAGGAGGCUGAAGCAUCCAGAACUGGAUAUUCUAAAAAGCAGGCAGUAGCUGGUGGACAGCAUCAUGGACCACAUGUUUUACGGAUAUUUUCUGUUGGAGAUGCAGAAAGUUCUAGUGCUUUCUAUGCAGAAAUUUGUCUUCAGGAGGAUGGUGUUCUUACUCUUGCCACUAGCAACUCUUCAUCCUUGUCAUUUUCUGGGUUAGAAAUGGAGGAAGGUAGGUGGCAUCACCUUGCUGUUGUUCAUAGCAAACCAAAUGCUUUGGCUGGCCUCUUCCAGUCUAGCAUUGCUUAUGUAUAUCUUAAUGGGAAACUAAGACACACAGGGAGACUAGGAUACUCUCCAUCUCCACCCGGAAGGUCGUUGCAGGUAAUCAUUGGAACACCUGUUACUUGUGCAAGGGUUAGUGACUUGUCGUGGAGACUUAGAUCUUGCUAUCUUUUUGAAGAAGUUCUUUCGCCUGGCUCUAUCUGUUUUAUGUACAUCCUUGGGAGAGGAUAUAGGGGGCUAUUCCAGGACACUGAUUUGUUGCAGUUUGUUCCUAAUCAAGCCUGUGGUGGGGGCAGUAUGGCCAUUUUAGACUCUUUGGACACUGACAUGCCAUUGGCUUCCACAACUCAGAAGGCUGAUAAUGCCAGCAAGCAAAGGAGUUCUAAUGCUGAUCGAAGUGGUAUUGUUUGGAAUUUCGAAAAAUUAGGGAACCUCUCGCUUCAGCUUUCUGGUAAAAAGCUCAUAUUUUCAUUUGAGGGAACAAGCACGGAACUUCUUCGUGCUUCUGGAACUCUGUCUGUGCUCAAUCUAGUUGAUCCUAUGUCAGCUGCUGCAUCUCCUAUUGGGGGUAUACCUCGCUUUGGACGACUGAUUGGCGAUGUCUAUAUCUGUAAACAUUGUGUCAUUGGAGAGACAAUUCGUCCAAUUGGUGGCAUUGCUGUUGUUCUAGCUCUUGUUGAAGCUGCUGAGACUAGGGACAUGCUGCAUAUGGCUUUGAUGUUGCUUGCAUGUACACUUCAUCAGAAUCCUCAAAAUGUGAGAGAUAUGCAACAAUAUAGAGGUUACCACUUGCUUGCUCUUUUCCUGCACAGAAGAAUGUCAUUGUUUGAUAUGCAGUCACUUGAAAUCUUUUUCCAAAUUGCUGCUUGUGAGGCAUCUUUCUCUGAACCCAAAAAAUUGGAGGCUGCUCAGAAGAUUCUACCACCUACAUCAACCAUUAGUGAGGGUGAUGUUGAGGACCUUAGCUUUUCAAAAUUCAGGGAAGAAUUUUCUUCAGUAGGAUCCCAUGGAGAUAUGGAUGAUUUUUCUGCCCCAAAAGAUUCAUUCAGUCAUAUUUCAGAGCUUGAAAAUACUGACAUGCCUGCUGAAACUUCUAAUUGCAUCGUCCUUUCAAAUGCUGACAUGGUUGAGCAUGUCUUGUUGGACUGGACUGUAUGGGUAACAGCGCCAAUUCCAAUUCAAAUUGCUUUAUUGGGCUUUCUAGAAAAUCUGGUUUCAAUGCAUUGGUACAGGAAUCACAACCUGACAAUUCUCCGCAGAAUUAACCUUGUUCAACACUUGCUUGUGACUCUGCAAAGAGGUGAUGUUGAAGUUCCCGUGUUAGAGAAGUUUGUUGUAUUAUUAGGUGUGAUCUUAGAAGACGGGUUUCUUCCAUCUGAAUUGGAACAGGUGGUUAGGUUUGUGAUCAUGUCAUUUGAUCCCCCAGAGCUUUUGUCACGCAAUCAAAUCAACCGAGAGUCAAUGGGAAAACACGUUAUUGUAAGAAACAUGUUGCUUGAGAUGCUUAUUGAUUUACAGGUGACCAUUAAAUCUGAGGAGUUGCUUGAGCAGUGGCAUAAAAUUGUUUCUUCAAAACUAAUAACUUACUUUCUUGAUGAAGCUGUUCAUCCUACAAGUAUGAGAUGGGUCAUGACUCUUCUUGGUGUGUGUCUUGUAUCUUCUCCUACAUUUGCACUUAAAUUUCGCUCCAGUGGAGGGUAUCAAGGUUUGGCAAGGGUGCUUCCCAGUUUCUAUGAUUCCCCUGAUAUAUAUUAUAUUCUGUUCUGUCUGAUAUUUGACAAGCCAGUAUAUCCAAGACUCCCUGAAGUUCGUAUGCUGGACUUUCAUGCCCUUAUGCCUAGUGAUGGAAAUUAUGGAGAGCUAAAAUUUACAGAGCUGUUGGAAUCUGUGAUAGCCAUGGCAAAGGCAACUUUUGAUAGGUUGUGUAUGCAGUCAAUGCUAGCCCAUCAAGCUGGCAAUCUUUCCCAAAUUAGUGCUGGCAUUGUGGCAGAGCUUGCAGAUGAAUAUACAGACUGGUCAGGGGAGCUUCAAGGCGAAGCACUGGUGCACAAGACUUAUGCUGCACGCUUAAUGGGUGGAGAGGCUUCAGCCCCUGCUGCUGCUACCUCUGUCCUUAGGUUCAUGGUUGAUCUAGCAAAAAUGUGUCCUCCAUUCUCUGCUGUUUGCCGACAUGCUGAAUUUCUUGAGACCUGUAUUGACUUGUAUUUUUCUUGUGUCAGGGCUUCUCAUGCUGUGAAAAUGGCAAAACAACUCUCUGCUACUGUUGAAGAAAAGACACUGGUGGAUGAUGGUGAUGAAACUUGUAGUUCCCAGAAUACAUUCUCUAGCAUGCCUCAUGAACAGGUACACUCAGCCAAAAGCUCUAUAAGUUUGGGAAGCUUUCCACCAGUACAGGUGAGCUCCAGUUCAGAAGAUAUGCCAGUUGUGCCAAACAAGGUUACUGGAGAUAAAGGAGAGAUGCGAAACAAGGUUACUGGAGAUAAAGGAGAGAUCUCUGUUUCUUCAGACCAGAAGGAUUUAAAAAAAGAGGCAAAGGAAGAUGCACAAAUUAGUGCGACACUGGAUGGUGACGUGGUUGACCUUGCCUCCACUACCAGCUUUAAUGAGUUUAACUUCCGUGAAAUGAAGAGCUCUCUAGAUCCUACUGCACAAGCAGAUUCACAAAGUACUGCAUCCUUUACCAAUGUUGAAUCUCCUAUUUUAUCUGAGAGAUCUUAUUCUAAAAGCCCAUUAGCGACUUAUUCAUCACCAGUAGUUGCACUGACAUCUUGGUUGGGUGGUGCUAAUAACAAUGAUAAUAAAGGCCAAAUUGCUUCCACUUCAUCUAUGGUGUCUUAUGCAUCCUUCAGUGAAGUUGAUUCCUCUUCAGACACAAAGUCCAGUUCUCAAGGACAAUAUGCUGCCAACACAAUGUUUACAAUUAGCUCAAAGCUACUUCUUGAAGUGGAUGAUUCAGGCUAUGGUGGUGGUCCAUGCUCUGCUGGAGCCGCUGCUGUUUUAGAUUUCAUGGCUGAAGUUCUAUCUGGUUUAUUGACUGAGCAAAUGAAAGCUGUGCCUAUCAUCGAGGGUAUACUGGAGUGUGCUCCAUUAAAUAUUGAUGUUGAAUCUAUUUUGACCUUUCAGGGAUUGUGGCUUAUUAGAUUGAUGAACUUCCUUGAAAGACGUCUCUUGCGUGAUGAUGAGGAAAAUGAGAAAAAGCUGGAUAAGAGCCGUUGGUCUUUGAAUCUAGAUGCAUUAUGCUGGAUGAUAGUGGACAGAGUGUAUAUGGGUGCUUUCUCUCGACCUUCUAGUGUACUGAAGACUCUGGAAUUCUUGUUGUCUAUGUUACAAUUGGCAAACAAAGAUGGUCGUGUUGAAGAAGCAGCUCCAACUGGAAAGGGGCUCUUGUCUAUUGGAAGAGGAAACAGGCAACUUGAUGCUUAUAUACUUGCAAUUUUGAAAAAUACAAAUCGAAUGAUUUUGUUCUGCUUCCUUCCAUUAUUCUUGGUAAGCAUAGGAGAAGAUGAACUACUCUCAAGUUUAGGCUUGCAAAUUGAGUCCAAGAAAAGAGUUCCAAUAAACUCAUCACCAGAAGAUAGUGGAGUUGAUAUUUCCACGGUGUUACAGCUUCUAGUUGCUAAUAGGCGGAUAAUAUUCUGUCCAAGCAACAUUGACACUGAUAUCAAUUCCUGUCUUUGCAUAAAUCUAAUCUCUCUUCUGCGUGUUCAGAGACGGAAUGUACAAAGCAUGACUGUUGAUAUUCUUAAAUAUCUUCUGGUGCAUCGCAGAGCUGCACUUGAAGACUUGCUUGCCUCUAAACCAAAUCAAGGAUCUUAUGAUGUUCUACGUGGUGGUUUUGACAAGCUUUUGACUGGAAACUUAUCUGCAUUUUUUGAGUGGCUUCAUAGUUCUGAGCAGGAGGUUAAUAAAGUACUGGAACAGUCUGCUGCACUGAUGUGGGCUCAGUACAUUUCAGGGUCAACAAAGUUUCCUGGAGUGAGGAUUAAAGGCAUAGAUAGUCGCCGUAAGAAAGAAAUGGGAAGAAAAUUGAAGGACAAUUCAAAGUUAGAUGCUAGACACUGGGAGCAGAUUAAUGAACGAAGAAUUGCACUUGAAUUAGUUCGUGAUGCAAUGGCUACUGAACUAAGAGUUAUUCGCCAGGAUAAGUAUGGCUGGGUAAUGCAUGCUGAAAGUGAGUGGCAAAGUCACCUCCAACAAAUUGUACAUGAGCGAGGAAUAUUCCCAGUAAGUAAAUUGUUCUCAGGUGAUGAACCUGAGUGGCAACUUUGCCCCAUUGAAGGUCCAUAUAGGAAGCGCAAGAAGCUUGAACGCUGCAAAUUAAAAAUUGACACUAUUCAGAAUGUUCUAAACGGACAAUUUGAGUUAGGGGAGCUAGAAUUGUACAAGGAGAAGACUGAAAAUGAUUUGAAUGCUUCUGAUGCUGGAUCAGAUUAUAUCUCCAAUCUUCUGACUGAUAAUCCUCGACAGGAUACUUUUGAUAGUGAUCUGUAUGGUGGCUCAAUUUUCAAAGAGGUUGAUGAGUUCAAGGAUGCAGCUUCCAGUAAAACUGGUUGGAAUGACCAUGAUAGCAGUAUUAAUGAAGCAAGUCUGAGCUCAGCUGCAGGAUUUGGUGUAAAAUCCAGCACUGCUUCCCUCCGAAAAGAUGAGAGCCUACCGGGAAGAUCUGAUCUUGGAUCUCCGAGGCAGUCUUCAUCAGCAAGAAUUGAUGAUGUUAGGAUGUCAGGGGAAAAAUCAGAGAAGGAAUUAAAUGAUAAUGGUGAAUACUUGAUCAGACCAUUUUUGGAACCUUUUGAGAAGAUAAGGUACAAAUAUAACUGUGAAAGAGUGUUGGGUCUUGAUAAACAUGAUGGCAUUUUUCUGAUUGGGGAACUGUCGCUAUAUGUCAUUGAGAACUUUUAUAUUGAUGAGUCUGGGUGUAUAUGUGAAAAAGAAAGUGAAGAUGACCUUUCAGUCAUUGAUCAGGCUUUGGGCGUUAAGAGAGACUUCUCUUGUAGUAUGGAUUCACAUUCUAAGUCAAGUUCUUCUUGGGCUUUAACUGCUAAGGCUUAUGUUGGAGGUAGGGCAUGGGCAUACAAUGGUGGUGCAUGGGGAAAGGAAAGGGUUUGUAGUAAUGGCAAUGUGCCUCAUCCUUGGCGUAUGUGGAAGCUUGAUAGUGUCCAUGAAAUUUUGAAGCGUGAUUACCAACUUCGCCCUGUUGCAAUUGAGAUUUUUAGCAUGGAUGGUUGCAAUGACCUUCUGGUUUUCCACAAAAGAGAAAGAGAGGAAGUUUUCAAAAAUCUGGUAGCCAUGAAUCUUCCAAGAAAUAGCAUGUUGGAUACAACAAUUUCAGGUUCAAUUAAGCAGGAAAGCAAUGAAGGCAGUCGCCUCUUUAAGGUUAUGGCUAAAUCAUUCUCAAAGAGGUGGCAGAAUGGAGAGAUAAGCAAUUUCCAGUACCUCAUGCACCUCAACACCCUUGCAGGUCGUGGAUACAGUGAUCUUACCCAGUAUCCAGUGUUCCCUUGGGUUCUGGCUGAUUAUGAGAGUGAAAAUCUUGACCUGACGAACCCCAAAACUUUCCGUAGGCUUGACAAACCAAUUGGUUGUCAAACAGGAGAAGGGGAAGAGGAGUUCAGGAAAAGAUAUGAGAGCUGGGAUGAUCCAGAGGUUCCUAAGUUCCAUUAUGGUUCUCACUAUUCUAGCGCUGGAAUUGUCCUUUUCUACCUCAUCCGCCUUCCACCCUUUAGUGGUGAGAAUCAGAAGCUCCAGGGUGGACAAUUUGAUCAUGCUGACCGUCUUUUUAAUAGUAUAAAAGAUACAUGGUUAAGUGCUGCUGGGAAAGGAAACACAUCUGAUGUUAAGGAACUGAUUCCGGAGUUCUUCUAUUUGCCAGAGUUCCUAGAGAACAGGUUCAAUCUUGAUUUGGGUGAGAAGCAGUCAGGGGAAAAGGUUGGUGGUGUUCUAUUACCUCCAUGGGCCAAAGGCAGUACUAGAGAGUUCAUCAGGAGGCAUAGAGAAGCUCUGGAGUCUGAUUUUGUUUCUCAAAAUUUACAUCACUGGAUUGAUCUCAUCUUUGGUUGUAAACAGAGGGGGAAGGCUGCUGAAGAAGCUGUAAAUGUUUUCUAUCAUUAUACUUAUGAAGGCAGUGUUGAUAUCGACUCAGUCACUGAUCCAGCAAUGAAGGCUUCAAUUCUUGCCCAAAUUAAUCACUUUGGGCAGACACCAAAACAGUUGUUCCUCAAACCUCAUGUGAAGAGGCGGUCCGAUAGAAAGCUUCCUCCGCAUCCACUGAAGCAUUCUUUGCAUCUUGUCCCACAUGAGAUCCGUAAGAGCGCAUCUUCUAUAUCUCAGAUUGUGACUGUUAAUGACAAAAUUCUUGUGGCUAGAGCGAAUUCCUUCCUGAAACCUAGAACAUAUGCUAAGUAUGUUUCAUGGGGAUAUCCUGACCGUAGUUUGAGAUUUAUGAGCUAUGACCAAGAUAGACUUCUUUCUACUCAUGAGAAUCUUCAUGGUGGCUACCAGAUACAGUGUGUCAGUGCUAGUCUUGAUGGUCGUCUUCUGGCCACAGGAGGUGAUGAUGGGUUGAUUUGUAUUUGGAGAAUAGGCAAAGAUAGUGGACCUCGAGCCGUAAGACACUUGCAGUUGGAGAAGGCUCUUUGUGGCCAUACAAGCAAAAUCACAUGCGUUGAUGUUAGCCAGCCUUACAUGAUGAUAGUGAGCGGAUCAGAUGAUUGUACUGUUAUAUUGUGGGAUCUUAGCUCCAUGGUUUUUGUUAGGCAGCUACCCGAAUUUCCUUCACCAGUUUCAGCCAUUUAUGUUAAUAACUUAACUGGGGAAAUUGUGACAGCAGCUGGUAUUAUGCUUGCGGUUUGGAGCAUCAAUGGUGACUGCCUUGCUGUGGUCAACACAUCACAACUUCCAUCUGACUUUAUUCUCUCACUUACUGGUUGUACAAACUCUGAUUGGCUUGAAACUAAGUGGUAUGUUUCUGGUCACCAGAGUGGAGCAAUUAAGGUCUGGAAAAUGGUACACUGCUCAAGUGAGGAGUGUGCCCAAAGUAAACCAACAAGUGGGAAUCCAACUGGGGGGUUAAGGCUUGGAGAUAAAGCACCUGAAUACAAGUUAAUCCUUCACAAGGUAUUAAAGUGUCAUAAACAUCCUGUUACUGCACUCUACCUUACCAGUGAUCUGAAACAGUUGUUGAGUGGAGAUUCUGUAGGGCAUUUGCAUUCAUGGACACUCCCUGAAGAGAGCUUGAAACUUGUAGCUAAUCAGGGGUGAUUGUGGGAUGAACUAGCAGUCUGUGUGUUUGAUAUUCCAGAUGAUGUAGUUUUUUCUGGUUAUCUGCUAUCAAAUGGUAUAUUUGAGGGUUCCACGGUUUUUGGGGGAUAAAUGCCCUGCCCUGUUGGAUUCUGCCUCACUGAACAGUGACAAGAACAAGGUGCAUCUCGCUUAAUGCCGUCCUUGUGAAAGCAAGCAAUUGAAGUGGUCGUGGCCUCACAAGUAGGACUCGGAAGAUGAUGGUGAUGGGCUUUUCGGGGGUAUGGGGAGGGGAAAGGAGAUUGUGGAGCAGUCUCCUGCAGUUGUUGUAUAUAGAAAAAAAGGCAUCAUGUAUAAUGAGGUUUGUAUAGGCCAGGAAUGGCACGUCGGAUAAAAACAAUCCAGCUAGUUUUGGCAGCGGAUGAACGACUUGCCACGGUUCUUUUUAGACUUAAUUUACUUUAGAAGUCACAUGAUGAUGAUGAUGAUGUUUCAUUGAUUUUGGGAAAUGCCAUUUUGAAGAUUUUAUUGUUUUUUUAGUCUGCUGCAGGAUAGCGUGAUCCAAUGAGUUUGAAUUUUGAAUCUCAUUUUACAAGGGAAGAAUGGUUUGUUUAUUAUCUUUCUAUCUAUUAUGUAUAAACUGAUAUAUGUGGUGUACAGGAAGCCAGCCCUUGCUUUGCAUUUGGUUUUGGAAGGUUAUAGAAGGCCAAGGAGGCUGGCUAAGGCCUAAGCUCCCUAGCAUAUGCCAUACGAUACUUAGUGAGGAAGUGAAGGGAAGUUUGCGUGGCCUUAGAUUUCUUUCCUUGCCAACAUUUGGAGUAUAGAGUUUCCUUUGUAAUACUCAACUUGUAUUACUCUUCACAGUUCGUUCCUCAAUAUCAAUUCAUAAUUCCUCUUUA